AUGAAUCGGUCAUGUGUUCAAUUAAAGGAUUUACCUGAUGAACUUCUUAUAUUUAUUUUCAAACAAAUGAAUAAUGUUGAAGUUCUUUAUUCUUUAGUCGGUAUCAAUGAACGAUUGGAUUUAAUUCUACAAGAUCCAAUAUUUACAAAUCGUUUGAAUUUCUUGAAAAGGUCUUCAAAGAAAUUUCUCAACAUAUUUUCUCUUGAUAUUAUAUUUGAUCGAUUUUGUUUACAAAUUUUACCAGCAGUUCGUGAGAAAAUCCAAUGGCUUGAUGCUGAAUCAUCAUCUAUGAAACAAAUUCUAUGUGCUGCUGAUUAUCCUAAUAUACAUGGGCUGGGCCUAUUCAAUAUCGAAGAAGAAACAAUUAAAAGUCUUUUCACUGAUGUAAAUCUUUCAUCUGGUCUUUUUAAAAAUCAAAUUACCAAACUUCUAAUUACAAUUGACACUGAUCAGAAUCAGAAACAUCAUUCAACAAUGCAAUACAUAAGCAAUCAUAUUUUUAGUGUCUUUAAGAAGUUAACUCAUUUAAUAUUUUCUGAAUCAUCAUAUCAAAAUGUCGUUCCAUUACCAUUUUAUCCACCGAUUAAUUUUUGUUCUUCAACUCUUUUGGUAUUGAAUAUUAAGAUUGAUUGUUUUGAUACAUGUUUAUAUCUUCUUGAUGGUCGUUUCAAUCAACUUCACACACUCAUUGUGGAGUCAGCCAACAUUUGGACAUCGGAAAAAAUUGAAAAUCAAGGAGAUAUACCAAGUCUAAAGUGUUUUUCCUUGUCUUGUGUUUGGGAAAUAGACUGUUAUGAUAAAUUGAUUCUCCCAUUUCUUUAUCGAAUGUCAAAUUUAGAAACACUCAAUUUAUCUCUUUCGAUUUUAGUUAAAGAAACAUUCAUUGAUGGACAUAAUUUGAAGAAUAAAAUUGUUAAUCAUAUGUCACGAUUAAAUAAAUUCACAUGUAAUAUUCGUUCGAUUAUGAGAAUUAAUAAUCAAAUAAUUUUACCAUCGAAAGAAGAUAUUCAAAACACGUUCAAAGAUUUUCAAUAUAAACAAAUGAUAUGUUAUAUGGAUCAUUUUCUAGGUAGAGAAGAAUGUCAAUGUCAUGUAUAUACAUAUCCAUCUCAAAUGUCAUAUUAUCAAUAUUUAUCAAAUCAAUUUCCAGGUGGACAUUAUCCAUAUGUUCGUGUUAUAUCAUUAUAUGAUGAAUAUCCUUUUGAACAUGAAUUUUUUCUUCAAAUAGCUCAAUCAUUUCCAUUUACAGAAAAAUUAGUUUUAAUUAAUCGCAAACCACAACAAUGCAAACAAUCUUAUGAAUUAACGAAUGAUAAUUGUCACUUAUCAAUCGUUGAAUAUUCUCAUCUUAUUGAACUUGACAUUGAACGGGUUCAUGAUGAUUAUGUGGAAGAAUUUCUAAGUGAUAGAAGAACAUAUUUUCGAAAGAAUAUUCGUCUUCUUAUUAAUGGUAAAGCUUUGCUAAGAGUAACAAAACAUUUUACAAGAAAAGAUACUCGAAUGAAUUGUAUCAAAGUAGACGAUUUAUUACCGUGGAAUGAAUGGAGAUCUUCGAAAUCUUUUCAAGAAUAUUUUCCUUCGAUAAUAAAAGAAAGUGAUUAUAUUUGUCCAUUUUUUACGUAA